AGAAAGCAGAAGCAUCUUCAGGUGGAUGAAGACAUGGACCGAUUGUUUUGUCUGGAUUGAGGAAUUUAUUUCUCUUAUUAAGGUUCCAGUCCGCAGUGAGAGACGGGAUGCGUCAUGAAGUCCCUGCUGCUCCUCAUCUUCACUCUUCAUCUCACUUCAGCAGCCAACCACGCUCUGCGAUUCCUCCUCACGGGCAUCACACCACGAAUCAACUUCCCAGAUUUCACUGCUGUUACUCAGUUGGAUGGACUUCAAAUCGGGUAUUAUGACAGUGACAGCAAAGUGAUCCGAAAGGUAGACUGGAUAAACAACACUGUGAAUGAAGAUCCGUGGAAUUCGAUGGCAGAGGAUGCACGUCGCUAUCAGGAGGCCUUCAACCUCAGUAUAGCUACAUUAAUGCGGCGCUUCAAUCACACUGAAGGGAUUCACACAUGGCAGUGGACGAUCGGCUGUGGGCUUCAUGACGAUGGAACUAAGAGAGGAUACAGCCGAUACGGUUACGAUGGAGAAGAUUUCCUCAGUCUGGAUCUGAACACCUCCAACUGGACUGCAGCCAACGCUAAAGCUGUUACUACCAAACGGGAGUGGGAGAAGACGGGCAAAGCUGAAGGCCAUAAGAAGUUUCUGGAGAACGAUUGUAUUGAGUGGUUAGAGAAGUAUGUGGAAUUGGGAAGAGCCAGUCUGGAGAGGAAAGUUCCUCCUGAGGUGUCUCUGUUCCAGAAGGACUCUUCUUCUCCAGUGGUGUGUCAUGCUACAGGUUUCUUCCCCAAAGCAGUGAUGAUCUCCUGGCAGAAGAAUGGAGAGGAUCUGCAUGAGAACGUGACGCUCAGAGAGACGCUACCCAACCAGGAUGGAACCUUCCAGAAGAGGAGCGUUCUGACCGUCUCACCUGAGGAGCUGGACAAACACCACUACACCUGCAUCAUUCAGCACAGCAGCCUGGAGAAGGAGGUGGUGCUGAAGGUGUCUAGACGCAGAGGUGGAGUCUGGAUGGGUAUCAUUGUUGGUGCGGUAGUGACUGUUCUCCUUGUUAUCAUUUGUGUUGGAGUUUUUGUGUGGAUGAAGAAGCAGCAGCAGUCUGGACAGAGAUGGUGAAGCAGGUGAUGAAUGAUACUGAAUCGGUUCUGAGUGAAGAGAUCAGUCAAAACGUUUCAUUGGGGAACUAUUUCUUGGCUUUAUGCUUCAGUUUUUCUAUUUUUGCUUAAUUCAUGCUGUUGGUACGAUGACCACUAGGAAAGUGUAAUAGAAGCAGUGUCAGACUUUUAUGCUGUAUUAUCUUGAAACUAUCUUACAUUUUGAUGUUUGGUGAAUUAGAUAUAUCUCGUUUGUAUAUCCCUAAACUUGCCCCAUGAACCAGUCUGAAACUGACCACUGCACUGUAAUAGACUCAGCUUCAGACUGGACGUCCUUUAGUACAAACUCUCUAAACAUUUUUAACAAGUGGCAACUUCUGGAAUUCAUUUUGCUCUUCACUGUAAUCUUUUCACUGAACUGAACCACAGUUGAUGUGGGGCUGUGGCUCAUUUCAGGUGACACAGUGAUUAAUAUUAUAACUAAUAUAUAUUAAUUAUAUUAUUAAUAAUAGAUGAUCACCUUUCGCCCAAAGACUGCUGGGAUAGGCUCCAGCUCCCCCCCGUGACCCUGACAGAGAAGCAGCUUAGAAAAUGAAUGGAUGGAUGGAUGGAUGAUCCAUUCUUUCAUAAAAAAUAGAGCCAGAUACAAUCAUUAAAUCACAAAGCUCUGUCAGCUGUUUAGUCAGUGACAAUGUUAAAAUAUUUGCUCUAUAAGAAGUAGAGAUGCAUCAAUACUGAUACUGGUAUCAAUGAAAUACACUGUAUGGCCAAACGUAUGUGGGCACCUGACUAUCACAUCUACAUGACUUUAUUAGAUCUUCCAUUCCAUAACCAUAGAUGUUCAUAUGGAGUUGCCCCCAUUAGCAGCUAUAUCUUCUGAGAAGGCUUUCCACAUGAUUGUAGAAUGAGUCUGUGAAUGGAAUAACACUAUCAUAACAAAUCAUAUGCUUUAAAGUGAAAAAAAGAGGUGAAAGGAUCUAAAUGCAUCAAAUUAGCCUGAAGAAAACCAUUUAAAGCCGUUUUAAUGUUUACUUGUACUUCUAAAAAAAUUGUAUUCUGCCAGACGUCCCUUCAUCACUAAUAGUCACUGAUAUUGAGCAGAUGAUCAAGCUAAUAAUCUGCUCUAAUGAUCUAGUGGACUUGUUUGUGAGUGAUGAGUUUAGCAUUGGUGCCCUAUGAGAGGGAAAAAAAGAUUAAAAUUGUCAGAACUUCA